AUGGCGAGCAACUUCAAGAUCGAGCCUCUGGUCCAUCCUGAAGGGAAGACAUGCAAGUUUGGCGCUGUCAUAACUGGCCUUGAUCUGAACAACUUCACUCCAGAGAUAGUGGCUCAGUUAGAGAAAGCGACCUGGGAGCAUAAACUCCUUAUUGUCAAAGGUCAACAUGACCUUAAACCGAAGCGUGCCUGGGAGUUGCUGCAAGCUCUCGAUCCAGAGAUGAUAGUUGAACCGGACGACAUGAUGAUGGAUUUAUUCCACCCUCACCAGUGGUUCAGAGACUCCUUCCAAGCUAUCAAGGUCCCUGAUGCGGGUUUGUUUUACUUUAUUGGGAAAGGCCCCCAAGACGAUCCGCGUUACGGCAAACCAGGUCUAGACAUGGGUGACGCUAAUGUAAGCCAUUACUACAGCGUACCACUCUCAGAUGAGGACUUUGAAGCUGGACGUACCCGUUUCCACGUGUGGUACAUGAAUGGAUUCUAUUGGCGACACAAUAUCACGAAGAUGACCAUGCUCCGAAUGAUCAAGUUUCCGACAGAAGGCCUGGACAAACAGACUGUAGAAUGGGCUGACGGCUCAGGUACGACUAUGGAAGUGAAACCAGGACGUCAGGCGUUUUUGGACACUGAACAACUCUAUGACAUGCUAAGCGACGAGGAGAAGAGAAUGGCAGACCAUAGUUGGGCUGAGUACAGCUGCCUGCCAUUUGAGAAUCUUAAGGACUGCCACUAUGCUCCCAACGGCCUAGGCGUGGUAACUGAGGGCAGAGAGCAGCCAGAAGAAGAGCUACUGAAGUUAGUAGAUGGGGCGUCUAAAGACUGGCAAAAGAAGUUACCGCUGGUCUGGGUCAAUCCCGUCACCGGCAAGAAGUCAUUCCAGUGUAUGCAUCACUUGACUUGUCGGUUGUUUAUCCGCAACGGCCCAGAUGAGACGCCGAGGGUCAUCGAUGACUUGGGUGAUGUAAGGAAGUUUCUGGAUAAAAUUCACAGCAGAAUCAUCCAGCCCGAGCAUAUUUACAUAGGUCCAGAGGAGGAGCACGACUUCGUUAUCUUCGGGAGCUAUGGCCUGCUCCAUUCGAAUAUCGACUAUCCUGCUAGUUGGGGUGUUAGGACGAUACACCAAGCCUUCAUGCCCACAGUCAAGCCGCCUGUAGGGCCAGUGCCUAUUCCAGACAGUUCGACACACUGA